UGAUCGAAGAAGCGGUCCACCACCGCCAGAUCAUUUCCAGCUGUAGGUGAAACGUGAGCUACCGAUUACAUCAAACAGCUACUUCCUAGCGACCUGCCGUUGCAUUACUCCUACAGGAAAAGCGUGAAGUGAUUUCCGGUGCACGUCCCAUUACAACUGCGGUGUUUGGAUAGUGAGAAUAGGGUAGAAGACAACAACAUCCGAUACAUUCUGUGAUAAACUUUCAACUGUGAUACAUCCGUGUUCCUGGUCUCAAUCAACCAUGCAAUCGGACAAUGAAACUUACCUUGGACUGGACCUGAGCACUCAAAAGUUGAAAGCCGUUUUGUUGAACGUAAAUCUGGAAAAUGUUGCACACGCAGAAGUGAAGUUUGACUCAGAUCUGCCAGAAUUCCGUACCACCGGUGGAGUGAACGCUGGAACGGCAAAGAAUGAAUUUUACGUUCAACCUGUUAUGUGGAUAAAGGCCCUCGAUAUGGUGCUGGAUCGUAUAGUGGUGCAGGGAGCCGACCUGAGCACGGUUGUAGCAGUGAGCGGUUCCGCACAGCAGCAUGGUUCACUCUACUGGUCUCGUUCCGGCAUCGAAACGCUGCGCAAUCUGGAUGCGGAUAAAUUCCUUCACACGCAGUUGGACGACUCCGCCUUCACCAUUCACCGGACGCCAAUCUGGAUGGACGGAACGACCGGCCGGCAGUGUGAAGAGAUGGAAACGGGUGUCGGUGGCCGGGAGCGAAUGGUACAGAUCACCGGGUCGCGAUGUUACGAACGUUUCACCGGGCCACAGAUUAGGCGCAUCUUUCAGCAGCGCCCCGAUUGCUAUCGCAACGCGGAACGUAUCUCGCUCGUGAGCAGCUUCCUGGCAUCAAUCUUUCUCGGAGAUGUUGCACCGAUCGAUUGUUCGGACGGGUCCGGGAUGAAUCUGUUGGAUGUUAACACCCGCGACUGGUCGGACGACUGCCUGGCAGCGUGUGCGCCAGGAUUGCGUGCAAAACUGGGAGAACCGGUACCGUCCGCCACGGUGAUUGGCACCGUUGGGUCGUUUUUCGUGCAGCGCUACAACUUCCCUGCUGGGUGUCGGUUGGUGGCCUUCACCGGUGACAAUCUGUCAGCAUUGGCUGGUAUGAAUGUGGGGAACGAUUGGUUAGCUUUGUCGCUCGGUACAAGCGACACGGUGAUGAUGAAGCUGAAUACCCCUUCGAAUUUGCAGGAGGGCCACGUAAUGGUACAUCCAACGGAUGAUGGUUUCAUGGGAUUGCUGUGCUUCCGGAAUGGGUCGUUGGUACGUGACAUUUUCAAGCGUGCGGAAGCAAAUGACAAUUGGGAGAAUUUUAGUGAACUGCUCGAUUCAACACCACGCGGCAACUUUGGCAAUCUGGCGCUACACUUCAUCUCGAAGGAAAUCUUACCGCCGGUGAAGGGUUCGCUGAGGUGGAACAAAAAUUCUAGCCUUGCUAGCGUGGAGCUUGCUAAGGGUGUGCUGAAGUAUAGUUCGCCGCAGACUGAAAUUCGCGCACUGGUGGAAGGCCAAAUGUUAACCCGGAAAACGUACGCCACCGAGAUGGGUUUUAGCUUCGGCGAAAAUACGAAGAUACUUGCAACCGGUGGGGCAUCGGCCAAUCGUUCCAUCCUGCAGGUCGUUUCGGAUGUGUUUAACGCGCCCGUGUACACGCAGAAAACGACCGAGGCGGCACUGAUUGGGGCCGCUUUCCGCGCGAAGUACGUGCUGAGCGUAGCGCGGUCGCGGGAGAAUAUGUGCGGCGAUGGCAAGGGUGUGACGAAUGCGCCCGGACCCUACUACGACUUCAUAGCGAAUCUUUUGCCCCACUCGGUGACGCGCGUGUGCGAUCCGAGCAAGGACAGUGAGGAUAUUUACGGUGCGAUGGAAGAACGGUACCGGGCUAUGGUUAGCUUCAUGAUGGAGCAGCAGGAUUAGCGUUCGUUUUGUUGUGCAUACAUUGUAAGCGAAACAGUUCGCAGUACAGCACUGUAAUGCUUUGGCUGCAUUACACUGCAAUCGAUUCAGCAAUAUCGAACAGUUACAGCUGAUUUAUUGUGACGCGAUAGCAACACAAACAAUGUUUGGUUUUCAAUUCCACACAAAUAACUUUUUUUCUGUUGUACUAAACCUUGGAAAUCAUUUCUAUAUCCUCCAAUGUCACCAUGUCGCCAAUUGCAAUACAUUUAUUUGAUAAAAUUUUACCGGUUUGAACCUACAUGGUAAAUUAACUAUUGUGAUCGAUUCCUCACGUUCCUCACCUUAACCAACUCCAUUUAGUUUUGAACAGGGCUCCUUCUACUCAUGUGAAGAAUGUUCGAGUCCCAAGCUUUUAGUUAAAAAAAAUAA